GUGUGUGUGUGUGUGUGUGUUACAGAACAGAGACAAGUCUGAAGAAACCAGGAAAAGUUUGCCAAACAGCACCGCGGAUCUUGUGUUUGUUUCUUUCGCUCGUUCACAGUCUGGACGCAGAACGGGGACAGGCGCUCGUGAGGAGAGAAUGACGACCGGAUCCGUGAGCAGAUUGUGUGCGUUUUGGUGUUGUGUGUUUGCUGUCCUGCACUUAACAACAGCUGAGGAAGCAGAGAAGCCGGUGGCAGGGCGACAGUCUCGUCAGGUGGAGGAGGAGGCGCUUGAAGGGGUGUGGGGUCCAUGGAGCGAGUGGGUGGAGUGCUCUCAGAGCUGUGGAGUGGGCGUGUCUGAGAGGCGGAGACAGUGUAUGCCGCCGCCCCAAACCCCGCCUCAUAUGUGGAACAGACCGGCUUACCUUCCACCGGGUGUCCCGAACAACACCCCUGUGAUCUCUGCAGUCAGACCCUACUACAACUCAAUGUAUCCCAUCAACGAGCCCCCUCAAUAUGGAACAGGGGGUGCUGAGCGCCCUCCUUACUUAUCUCCGCCUCUCCCAGCGAAUCCCAAUCCUGGAUUACCGCUCUACCGAAAUGAAGCUGGCGGCGCUGGGCCAGUGCAGUUUGGCUCACCCAAUCAGGAGACGGCUUCAGUGUACCGUUCACCCUCCUCAUCCGCAUCACUUCCCUACGGGAGAGUUCCCGCACGGUCAGCCAAUCACGGCAGAGCUGUCGGCAGUGGGAGCAGGAGGUCGGUUUCCAGCAACAGGGAUCCAGCGUCUGUAAGAAGGUCUAGUUCUUCUAUUCGUCCCGGACAGUUUGGGUACGGCAGGGUGCCGUUCUCUCUUCCCUUACACAGACAAAACCGUCACGCACGACACACACGCCGCCACAACGCCACCUCCACCUCCACAGACAGUCCCGACGCGCUCAGUGUGAGCUCCAGCGCACCUGUGGACAAAACACAGGGAGAAGAGGAACUAAUGAUCACAGACACCGUUAAUAGAGAGCGAACAGAGAAGGAAAAGGAGACGGAGGCAGCAGACGUGGAGAGUGAAGUGGCAGCCGAGAGAUCAAGUGAUGGAGAGCCGCACAGACACAUGGAGAGAGUGCAGGAACACGAGCGAAUAAAACAUUCACGGCCCCUGACCCAGAGACACGUGGCCCGUGACAGACGCACCGAUGGACGCUCUUCUCGCCAAGUCCCACACUCCUACACGCACACUAUCCAGCGAUCACACACUCCCAGAGAGCCUCCUCCCUACGGCCUCCAGACUCCCACAAACCCCAACCCCGAGCCCUGGGUCCUGCAGAACGCCGCCCAGCCCUCCAGAAACCAAGCCGAGAGGGACCGCAGGCCUCCAGCGGACGCCCACAACUACAGAUGCUCCGGACGGGACACAGAGCACCGCAGGUGCAGCCUACAGGUGAGGCCAGGAAAAUCUAAAUUGAAUAAGAAAUGCAUCAUCUGCGCUUUUGAUUUUUGUUGUUGUCAAACUUUAGAUUUGAAAGUUUGAAGGGGACAACUCAUG